AUGGCACAAAGUGCUGCUGUGCCAUUCUCUGCCACAAGGUCGAACGCACCCAACGCACCUACUCACGCUCCUGCUUGGACACACGCUGCCUCCGAUACGUCCGCAUCGCGCGCAAACGGUCGACAAAAUGGCGAUCGUGUACGAAGCGUUGAACAGCACGGCCAAGUGCCUGGUAGCAGCACUUCGCCGCGGCGAUCAGCGGCGAUCGCUGCUAAAAUUGGGCAACAGCAGCAGACGUCAUCUUUAUCCACCUCGUGUCAGCCGCUGGCGUCGCCGCUGCCAAUGACGAGCGCGGAGUUGGAUCGGACGGUGCGCGUCACGAUCAAUCCCGUUCCGCCGGAGCACGCUUCGGAUGGCGAUACAGUGCACGCGAUUGUGCCCCUGCUGUACUACAACGUCAAAACGGGCCCAACAUAUGAGCAGCGUGAUCGACUGCUCAAGCUCGUCUGGCAGCUUUCGCGCAAGGGCGGGCACGAGUAUUGGGUGCAUCUUCUCGAUCUCAGCCGCCUGGCUAGUCAACAUCAUCUCAGCCCGUACAGCCAGUUGAAGCACGGAGCGCGAGGUUCUCCCUAUGGAUAUGUGCCCUUCACGAUGCUGCAUCCCCGCAUCGCCGAUGCAACACUGCGCAAGCAGGAGGAGAAUGAAGCAGAAUCAGCAGCGUGGCUUCUUUACAAACGGCAGAGAAGGCACGAUGAGCUCCGCGCGGCGGCGCGUCAGCAAGCUCCACACAGUCCAACCAGCUCCGAGACAAGCAUGGACCUGGACAAAGUCGCUCUCAGUCCGCCCUGCGGUAUCAAGCGGCCGCACUCUGCGAGCUCCGCCAGAGAUGAGAGCGCUCGCACAACACCGCGGCUCGCGACUGCAGCCGACCUCACUUUGUCCACGAGCCUUGGCGCUCAGGCACGGCAAGGCGACCAAAUCUCACCCAAUGGCACGGGGCAGUCGCACCAGUCUGUCUCAAGCCCCAGGUUGGGGGCGACGGAACCUAGUGAAGGCCUCGGAUUGCAGAUAGGCGAAGGAUCCAACAGCCAGGCACACACACCUCCUGAAGCUCGUGCAGGCAGCCAAGUUGCCGUAGCUGGACCUCUCGCAUGCGAAGUGUUACUGACACAAGAGAGCGAGCAGCGACGCGGAGAGAAUGGCGCCGUGAGCAGCGUCACGGAUGCAACACGCCCCACUGGUGUCACGGUAGCAUCCAUGUCGCAGGAAGCGCAGCAAGCUCUGGCAAUGAAGACUAGCGACACACAUCCCAUCACCAUCAGCCCAAUCAUACCGCCUGACAUGCUGGCAGAGAUUUCGCAAAUCGUCCUCAACAUCUUGCCCACGUGUGUAGAUGCCGCUUUCAAAACGCCAGAAGAGCGCCAGAAAACUUUGGAGGCGGGACAUUGCAGCCCCCAUGCUGGCGGUGGAGCUUUGCACGAAGUGCCAACGCCGUCGGUCGAUGCUCGCGACGUUCACGUGUCUCGGCAAGCGCGCGGCGAGAAGUUGCUGCGAUUACCGCCCAGCUUGGACAUGGUGCAAGUGGGCAAGACGGUGGAGAAGGAGACAAUCGAGGCCGCGAAGAAGGCAUAUGAGGCGUCUCAGCCAUCUCGUCCAUCGAUCAGCGCAACCGCGAACGGCACGAAUGCCGUCGAAUCAGCAGCCGGCGAUGCUACGCUCCAAGCGAGCGGAGCAGUCGCCCCGGCGCAUAGCGCCGCUUUACCGGAAGAUGUGCAAGCGCAGGCAAGGGCUGAAGGCCAAGCUGAGGCAAAGGGACGGUCCACUGAAGAAGAAGCACAUCGACCUUCCAUGGGCAACAUGCUUUUGUCUUCUUGUCCGGGAAAGAAAGUGCGUCUAACGGGCCCUGUGCGUGGCAGAGGCGCCAUUUGUCGAGACCUCGGACUGGACCUGAAGCGCAUUCGAGGACUCGGUGUAGGCGUGGUCAUUUGCUGUCUAGAUGACACCGAGCUCGCUUUCCUCGGAGCGCCUUGGGAGGAGUACGAGCGAGAAGCUGAUCAGUUGGGCAUGGACGUGGUUCGUCUGCCCAUGGCAGAGGGCUUUGCUCCAACGUGUGCCAAGACGAUCGACGCAGCGAUGACAUCCAUCGUCUCGGACUACACGCUCAAAGGCGUGCAUGUCCUGGUCCACUGCCGAGGUGGUGUUGGCCGAGCUGGCUUGAUCGCGUGCACUUGGAUGUACAAGCUAGGCCUUGUUGGCUCAAAGUGCGAAGCUCUCGCAACGGGACCGGCACGAGCUGCAAACGAGGCAUCGGCAGACUCGACCGAAUCCGACGCUGAACGGCUGAUCUCGACGGUGGAGCGCCUUAUAGAGACGAUUCGCAGAAGGCGCAGUCCCAAGGCUAUCGAGACGGCCGAGCAAGUGGCCUUUAUCGUUGACUAUGUCAAUUACAUACACGGACAGGAGCACGAACAAGCGCGUCUAAGCUGCACGGACUCCAUGUCGUCGUAA